AUGGCUCAUUGCCCUAAACCUGGCCCCGAACGAAAGCGUAACCGGCUACCCACCCCCUCUGCAACUCGUCAACUUACCAGAGACACAGAGAACCAGAUUAUUGUCUCCGCUCUCCUCCACGUCAUCAGUGGCAAUGCUACUCAUGACUCCUCCAUGCAACGCGAUCCCCCUGACGAUAUCGUUGCUCUUCCCUUAGACGCUUCGACCAGCUUUGAUCCCGUGCUCCAUACUGCGGGUACUGACUCCUGCCAGCAGGAGGAGGAAGAUCAGAAGAAGAAGUACAGAGGAGUAAGGCACAGACCUUGGGGUAAAUGGGCAGCCGAGACAAGAGACCCACGACGGGGACAACGCGUCUGGCUCGGUACUUUUGAUACGCCGGAGGAGGCCGCCAGAGCUUAUGACAGGGCCGCCAUUGAGUUCCGCGGAUUUAAAGCCAAGAUCAAUUUCCCAUUCGCCGAUUACUCGCAGGAGCAACAACUCCCUGCUCGGGCUGAGCCUGAGCUUCAGAGGGCAGUGAGCGUUGAGGCUGCGGGAACGAGAGAGGGGGAGAGCAGUAGCCGUCAGGGUGUUAAGGAUGAAGAUGAUGAUUUUGGGCUAGGUGCCAUAUUCUCCGAGGAAGUAAUCAGAAAGUUGAUGGAGGAGACGGGCCAGUGA